AUCAUUUAAACAAACUCUUUGAUGUUCUGGGCGGAAGCAUGGCAGUGAUGUAAACAAAGUGUGUUGUUUCAAGAGCACUGUGAUUACAGCUUGAUCCAGCUUGUUUGCCUUUCAAAGCUGAUUUACAAGCUCAGUGACAAGUUGUUACAGAGCUUUUUCCAGUAGCCAUGUGCUCUGACAUUAACACAACACACACCGAUACACCACUCUCUAUCCUAACAGUACUAACUGAUGUUUCACACUUGAACUGCUAAUGGUAAAGGCUGCAUGUUCAUUAAUUAGCAGGUAACCUUUGUAUUAGGUGCCAAGCUUCCAAAAUGAUAGCUCCUCUAUUGUUGUAUCUUAUCCUUGGCGUAUCACCUAUUGUCCCUGUGAAUAAUUGAGUCCAUAGGAUUUUGCCUGUUUUAUUUUUGCUAUGGUCAGCAACUAGCUACUAGUUUUGUCCCCAAGAUCAAUGGCUGUGGUAACACAACUAGAGAGAGAGGAGAGAGAGAUAGAUAGAGAGAGAGAGGUAGCAUUGUGCCCACAAUGGCGACUGGAGGUAUGAAAUACCUCUGGUUCCUUAUCCGGGAACUACCUCUGACUCUGCUAUUGGGCCACUUGGUCACGUGGUAAAAGUAACUUUACAGGGCUGCUCGCAAGUAGGAGGGCUUUAUGGAGCAGAAAAACGACAAAGCUAGAAAAAUUAUUUUCCACUCCAGAAAUUAAUGAUCAUGAGCUCGUAUUUGAUGGAGUCUAACUACAUUGAUCCGAAAUUUCCUCCAUGCGAGGAAUAUUCGCAAAAUAACUACAUCCCUGAGCAUAGUCCAGAAUAUUACAGCCGCGCGAGGGACACUGGCUACCAGCAUCAUCACCAGGAGUUAUAUCCACCUCCGCGGGCGAGCUACCAAGAGCGCCAGUAUAACUGUGCAAGCAUCCCAGAACCUGACACGCCACGGGGACAUGGAAUAACCCACUCUGCGCACCUGCUCUCUGGUAAAGGGCAGCCCGCAUCCUGUGAAACCCCACAGUUGUCCAUGUCCCCUGCCACCCCGCCGGCCGCAACCUCCGCCUGCAACCAAGCCACGCCGGAGCAUCCCAACAGCACAGCGUCCUCCAAGCAGCCCGUGGUGUAUCCCUGGAUGAAAAAGAUUCACGUCAGCACUGUGAACUCGGGAUACAAUGGGACGGAGCCCAAGCGGUCUCGGACAGCGUACACCCGGCAGCAGGUCUUAGAGCUCGAAAAGGAAUUCCACUAUAACCGCUAUUUAACUCGACGGAGGCGCAUCGAGAUCGCACACACCCUGGUGCUGUCCGAGCGGCAAAUUAAAAUCUGGUUUCAGAACCGCAGAAUGAAAUGGAAAAAGGACCACAGGCUCCCCAACACUAAAGUGCGCUCCUCAUCAUCAUCAGGCUCCAGCUCAGGUUCAGCGGCCGCCGCUGUGACUGCAGCCUCGGCCACUAACUCGAGUGCGGAUGAACUGAGCGCACAGCACGGAGAGGACAUUACCAGGUUAUAAAGCUGCAGCACAGCGCCGUGACAGACUCUUAUUUAUAGAACUAUGACACGUUUUGUUUGGUAGCUAUCUUGUGCGGUUUCCUUUAAGUCCAAAGUUAUAUAAAAUGCAUGUUAUAUAGCAUGGAUUACUGCGAACACCGUUUAAUUAUUUUUACGUGACACAGGGUUUAAUUUAUUUGAAGUUCAAUUAAAAUGUUUUUAUUAAAAUGUUUUGAAUGAAGGAAAAAAGACAAAUUUUAUCAGAAUGUUAUUGUGGGCCAAUCUUUUGCCCUGCUGCCCAAGGUGAAAUGCACAAUCUAUUUAUUUCAAACACUGGAAGCAAAUCAAUAUAAUGAUAGUUAUUUUUGGUAUGAAGCUGAUACACACCAUGAAUCUUGAAGUGAAUGUGUGCUUUACCUCGUGUAUUUCAGAUACUGCCUUUUCAUUUCGAUUUCGUUUUGUGGUGUUGAUGUUGUGUUUAGACCGUUUAUUGUUAAAUGCAAUGGACGGGGUUUAGUGUAUUUGUGCUAAUCAUACUGGUCAAUAAAACCGUGUGUGUCUACUUGUUUUAAACCCGUUUGCCGUAGCUUUAUUCCAGGCAGGAUGAGGUCUGCUGGGGUUGGCUUGUUGACCACUUUAACCUGGGAUUAUCUCCUGUUACAACAUCUACAUACUGCAGGAUACAUCAGGGUAUACAAGAGUUAAUUAUGGACUCGUUUUUUCUGUAUUAAAUUUAAAGUAGUUGCUCAUCAGUCUGAGGGGCUUUCAAUUAGCGCUUAAUACAGCCCAUUGAGGCCCAUACCCCGCCACUGAAACAAGCUGCAUGUACUGAAAGAACAUUGUGAUAAUCUGUUGUAAUAUAUUUUUAAAAUUCUAACCAUAAUCACUGUCCUGCUUUUGUAGACGGAUUUGACGUGUAAAAGUAAAAUAAAAUAAA